GGCUCUUUCCGUACCCGUCCGGCCGCUGUCCCGGAAGGGCGCCCAUGGAGCAGGGCCUAUUGGCUGUACGCAAAGCAAUGGCGCCGUUGCUGGAGUACGAGAGGCAGCUGGUGCUGGAACUGCUCGACAGCGAUGGGCUGGUGGUGUGCGCUCGCGGGCUUGGCGCCGACCGGCUCCUCUACCAUUUCUUGCGGCUGCACUGCCACCCAGCCUGCCUGGUGCUGGUGCUCAACACGCAGCCGGCUGAGGAGGAAUAUUUUAUCAAUCAGUUGAAGAUAGAAGGAGUUGAACACCUCCCUCGACGUGUGACAAAUGAAAUCACAAGUAAUAGUCGUUAUGAAGUAUAUACACAAGGUGGUAUUAUAUUUGCAACAAGUCGAAUACUUGUGGUUGAUUUCUUGACUGAUAGAAUACCUUCAGAUUUAAUAACAGGCAUCCUGGUGUACAGAGCACACAGGAUCAUCGAGUCCUGCCAAGAAGCCUUCAUCCUUCGUCUCUUCCGCCAGAAAAACAAGCGUGGCUUCAUCAAAGCUUUCACAGACAAUCCUGUUGCCUUUGACACUGGUUUUUGUCAUGUGGAAAGAGUGAUGAGGAACCUUUUUGUGAGGAAGCUCUACCUGUGGCCAAGGUUCCAUGUAGCAGUCCACUCGUUCUUGGAACAGCACAAGCCUGAAGUUGUAGAGAUUCAUGUGUCUAUGACUGCUGCCAUGCUUUCCAUCCAGACAGCCAUACUAGACAUCUUAAACGCGUGUCUGAAGGAACUGAAGUGCCACAACCCAUCACUAGAAGUGGAAGAUUUGUCACUAGAAAAUGCUCUUGGGAAGCCAUUUGACAAGAUAAUCCGCCAUUACUUGGACCCUUUAUGGCAUCAGCUUGGAGCCAAGACUAAAUCUUUGGUACAGGAUCUGAAGAUACUAAGAACCCUACUGCAGUAUCUCUCUCAGUAUGAUUGUGUUACAUUUCUUAAUCUUCUGGAAUCUCUGAGAGCAACAGAGAAGGUGUUUGGUCAGAAUUCAGGUUGGCUUUUCCUGGAUGCUAGCACCUCCAUGUUCGUGAAUGCUCGUGCACGAGUUUAUCGUGUUCCAGAUGCCAAACUGAACAAAAAGACCAAAAUGUCUGAGAGUGCAGAAGGGCAAGAAACAAAAAAGCAACUGGUCCUAGAAAGCAACCCAAAGUGGGAGGCGUUAAGUGAAGUCCUGAAAGAAAUCGAAGCAGAAAAUAAGGAGAGUGAAGCCCUUGGUGGCCCAGGCCAGGUGCUGAUCUGUGCAAGCGAUGACCGGACUUGCUGCCAGCUGAGAGACUACCUGACCACAGGAGCAGAAGCCUUCCUGCUGCGGCUCUACAGGAAAACCUUUGAGAAGGACAGCAAAGCUGAAGAAGUGUGGGUGAAUUUUAGAAAGGGGGAUGGCCCAAAGAGAACUAUGAAAUCUGACAAAAGACUCAAAGACACCCAAAACAAAGAGCGUGCCUCUACCAAAAAGGUGGCUGCUAAAAGGAAGAAGCGAGAGCUGACUCUUACACAAGUGAUGGGGACUGCUGAGGAGCCCCCAGCGGAAGGGGCUGUGGAGGAAAGCCAUCACAGACAAACCACCAGUAGCCCAGAAGGCUGCGGGGGAGAGAUUCAACAUGAAGCUUUUGAAUUAAAUUUGUCAUCUGACUCAGCCUAUGGCAUCCUGAAAGAGCCCCUGACCAUCAUCCAUCCGCUUGUGGGGUGCAGCGACCCCUAUGCCCUGACACGGAUACUGCAUGAGGUGGAGCCCAGAUACGUGGUUCUGUAUGAUGCUGAGCUCACCUUUGUCCGGCAGCUGGAAAUCUACAGGGCCAGCAGGCCAGGGAAACCGCUGAGGGUUUACUUUCUUAUAUAUGGAGGCUCCACGGAAGAACAGCGUUACCUGACAGCUCUGCGAAAGGAAAAAGAGGCAUUUGAAAAGCUCAUAAGGGAAAAGGCUAGCAUGGUUGUCCCAGAAGAACGGGAAGGCAGAGAUGAAACCAACCUGGAUUUAGCAAGAGGCACAGUGUCCACAGAUGCUCCUACUGACACUCGAAAAGCUGGUGGCCAGGAACGUAAUGGCACACAGCCCACCAUUGUGGUAGACAUGCGUGAGUUUCGGAGUGAGCUGCCAGCCCUGAUCCAUCGGAGGGGCAUUGACAUCGAGCCAGUGACCCUGGAGGUGGGCGAUUAUAUCCUGACACCUGAGCUGUGUGUGGAGCGCAAAAGCGUGAGUGACCUCAUUGGCUCGCUGCAUAGCGGCCGCCUGUACAGCCAGUGCCUAGCCAUGUCACGCUACUAUCGGCGGCCAGUGCUGCUCAUUGAGUUCGAUGCUGGCAAGCCCUUCUCCCUGGCGCCUCGCGGUUCCUUCUUCCAGGAGAUGAGCAGCAGCGAUGUGAGCUCCAAGCUCACUCUCCUCACCCUGCAUUUCCCGCGCCUGCGGCUGCUCUGGUGCCCCUCACCGCAUGCCACAGCUGAGCUGUUUGAGGAGCUGAAGCAGAAUAAGCCGCAACCUGAUGCAGCCACAGCUAUGGCCAUCACCGCAGACUCAGAAACACUGCCAGAGUCGGACAAGUAUAACCCCGGGCCCCAAGACUUCGUGCUAAAGAUGCCUGGGAUCAAUGCCAAGAACUGUCGCUCCCUGAUGAAUCAUGUGAAGAACAUCGCAGAGCUUGCCUCCCUGUCCCAGGAGCAGCUCACAAGCAUCCUGGGGCAUGCGGGAAACGCCAAGCAGCUGCAUGACUUCCUCCACACUGUCUAUGCAGACGUGGUGUUCGCAGGCAGAGUGAGAAAAUGACCAUGCUCGAAUCGCUGUUCAUUA